AAGAGUUUGCUGGUGCUGGAGCUAAUAGACUAUAAAUAGAGGGUUUUGAAGAAUUAGAACUGAGUGGCAUACUUUGUCAUGGUCCAUAGUUAGUAGCUCCUAAUUUAGAGACUCAGAAUGCCAUCUGUUAAAUAUAGGGUUAGUGAGGUACUGGUCUAGAUUACCUACCAGCAAUUCCAGUUUCUUAUAUUCCUCUGUUAAUAUAUUAUGGUGAAAUGAUUGAAGUUUAGUGAAGAGGCCCAGGCCCUAUAGAAUAACAUUUAAACCAGAGAGACUGUUAGUGAAUCUAGUAAUAAUUCUUGCUUGGUUUAAAGCAUAUCAGAUAGUAUAAUUACAUAUAUUAAGUUCCGUGGCUUGUCGUGAGUGAAAAUGAGGCUGCGAGUGAGAGUGAGAAAACAGACACAUCGCCUGGAGUUGGAGGAGGAGAAGCCAACACUGGGAGACUUGAGGAAAAAACUCUCCACAUCUUUCCUCCCCUCUUUAGGUUACAGCAUGGAAGAGACCUUCAUCAUAAGUCUAAAUGGUAGAGACCCACUGACUGAGGAUCCAGAUAUGCUGGAGUCCUGCGGCAUCAUACCUGGGGAUCUGAUUGUUGUGCUGGUGUCUGACUCACAGUCUCCUACUGCCCCGACACUGCCACAUUCCUCACUGCUUGAGGGCAACCAGAACAUGUCUGCUGCACCUGAUGGUCCAGGACAGUCCUCAAGCACAACGGGCGUUGAUCAAAACCCCCAAACAGAAAAUGUUGGUGCAGGGACACAAAGCACAAUUAAGGUUGGAGUGAGUGUAUCAGAUACAAAUCCAGCUUUGGAAAUGCCCACCGAUGAUGAUGAUAUCAAGGCCGUGAGGUCUCCCUGGGAGCCAAUGCUGUGCAGUGAGGCUGUGGAUGGGAAAAUCCCACAUUCCCUGGAGACUCUGUACUGUACUGCAGGCUGCAUCUGUGCUAAUGAUGCACUGAUAGUGGUCAUCCAUUUGCUAAUGCUGGAGACUGGGUACUUGCAACAGGGUGCAGAUGCCAAGAUCAUGUGCAUGCCAGAGGCGUGGCGCAGUGGAGGUGUCUACAAGCUACACUACACUCAUCCCCUUUGUAAUGAAAACUCUGUCACUCUAACUUGCGUGCCUCUGGGAAAGUUCAUUGUUGUAAAUGCCACUCUGAAGGUAAACAGCGAGGUGAAGAACGGUAUGCGGCUGCAGCUUUCUACAGAUUCCUAUAUUUCAUUUGAUAAACAAGAUAAUGUUGCAUCAGUGUAUAAGGACCUACAGAGGUUGUCACGCCAGUUUAAAGAUCAGUUGGUGUACCCUCUUCUUGCUACCACUCGACAAGUUUUGAACCUUCCAGAUACAUUUGGUCUGAUUGUUCUCCCUCUGGAACUAAAGCUGCGUAUAUUCCGGCUUUUGGAUGUGCGCUCUAUCUUGUCUCUUUCUGCCUCCUGUCGAGAUUUAUGGACAGACUCUAAAGACCCCUUCCUCUGGAGGUUCCUGUACAAGCGUGAUUUUAAAGACCCUAUACCUGGAAGCGCUGUCAUGGACUGGAAGUCGCUCUACCAAAAGAGGUACAAACAGAAGUUGGAUAUUCUCCGAAUGAGGCAACGUAUCCCCUUACCUGAAACAGCCUAUCCCUUACCCUACCAUAUUAACCCUUACUACCCCACUGAUCCAUACCCAUAUCCCCCUGGAAUCAUUGGAGGUGAAUAUGACCAACGACCCAUACUUCCCAUAUUCAGAGAUCCUGGUACAGAAAGAAAUUUUGGAUAUCCUAAUUUAUUCCAUCCUCAUUUUGACCAUGUUCGGCCCCUGGUAGAAAACAAUCCAUUAUCAAGCCGCAAUGGUGUCCGACCCACCAGAAGUAGGGGACAUGACAUCCACAGGGCCUUUAUCUGAACCGCCACUUUGAUUAAAAAAAAACAAAAAAAAAAAACACAUCAUUGUCGGGCUGGUUUGAUACAGAAAUGUGCCGCUUAAAUGAAGUGUACUUUAAAAACAAUUUUUUUCUACGUAAAUAAUGUUGAUGGUCUUCCGGACACAGUUUGUUUUGUUUUAUUACCUGUUCCUAUUUAGCAGGGUAAGAAGAAGUUGGAAACAGACAAUUAUAUUUACUGAAUAUUAAAAUAAUCAUAUUUAAUAGAGCAUUGAUAUUUUUUCUGUUGAUUUCAUUUAACAUUUUCUUUUUAAAUGAAGAUAACAGUUAAAAGAAUGUACAGUUAAACGAUUACUAACCAUUCAUUAAAGUAUCACCUUAAUUUUACAGUAUUUUCUUAAGAAAGCAUUUAUUUUUUUAAUGGGUACAAAACAAUUACUUUGAACAUUAAAUACACAAAACUUUUUCUUUAUUACCUUUUAUUUCCUGCAAGAGAAAUCCAUUUUAUUAAUGUAAUUUUUUUAAUAACUCAACCAUGGUUAAAUGUCACUUAUAUUACUUGUAGAUCUUACAGCCCCCCCCCCCCUUCAGCUUCCAACUCUGCGGAAUUGAGUGCGCACCUCAUGUACUAAUAGAAGCGAGUGUUACAGUUUUUGAUUGAUUAUAGCGCUCUUCUUCUUGAAAGCGAAAAGCUGCUCAACUAGGAUUAUAAGUGAGGUUAAAAUAGGGUUAAUUUUAUUAAAAAUUGCGUAAGUAAAAGGCAUUUUUGUUGCAUGAAAUUAACUGUAAUUAUUAGGUUUUCUUUGUUUAGUUUUCAAGGGACCGGUUUUGUAUAUUACUGUUUCCCUUUAAUUGUUUAAAGGGACAGUAAAGUUAUAAUUAGACAUUCAUGAUUUAGACAGAGCAUACAAUUUUAAACAACUUUCUAAUUUACUCCUGUUAUUUAAUUUGCUUCCUUCUCUUGUCAUCCUUUGCUGAAAGGUUUAUUUAGGUAAGCUCAGGAGCAGCAAAUAACCUAGGUUUUAGCUGCUGAUUGGUGGCUACAUAUAUAUAUAUAUAUAUAUAUAUAUAUAUAUAUAUAUAUAUAUAUUGUCAUUGCCUCACCCAUGUGUUCAGUUAGAAACCAGUAGUGCAUUGCUGCUCUUUCAACAAAUGAUAGCCACAGACAAUGAAGCACAUUUGAUAAUAGAAGUAAACUGGAAAGUUGUUUAAAAUUGUAUGUUCUACGUAAAUCAUGAAAGAGAAAAUGUUUGGGUUUCAUUUCCGUUUAAUAACGAGAAAAAGGUGUUUCAUUAUGUUCCUUUUGUAUUUCUUACUACGUUUUGCACCACUAUAAUUUUAUGUCCAAACCCAAAAUGUAUCAAUUUAAGCACAUCACUCUGUUUUUUAUAACAGGUACCAAUCUAGGACAGGGUUUCCAACUUCAGUCUUCAGGGCCCACUACCAGGAUUACCUUGUAUGAGAACAGGCCAGAUAAUGACAGUUCCUGAACAGCUGAUCAUUUAAUGUGUUCUGUAUUACACACAUCCUGAAAACCUGGCCUGUUAGUGGGUGCUGAGGAUUGUGGAUGAGACCCACUGCACUAGGAUUUUAUAGCCCUAUUUCAUCUUCUUUCUGUUGGCAGACUUUACCAAUCUAGUGGAAAACUAGUGUGGAGUUUCAUUAAACAGUGGAUGCUACAGAAGAUGUUGCUUGAUGUUCUCUUCUUCAUUUUUUAUUGAGGUUGCUUGAUAGCUGUUUUAUAUGUUUUGUUCUUCAUUUUGUAUUGUAUGAAAUUCUGUUUUUGCUGUGUUCAUCUCUGUUAAUAACUCUAUCUCCUCUACUAUUUGUUUAAUGAAUGACUUAAUAAACAAACUUAUUGUUUCUGA